AGACUCGUAUCGGGGCUCUUAUCAAGGACAUGGUGCAUAUCCGCGAUGUGUCGUAGCGACCCUCGCGUACGAACAUUCCAUCGUGCGGUCAUGUUGUACGCUUUGGCUUUUUCGUAAAGGGGGCGAUCGUAGGUGACAAAUUAGGGGUGUCUAGUUUCAUUUUGGCUCGAUAUACGUAUCGAUGUGUACGUGCAUUCGUCGUGAAAACUAACGAGGGUCGUACGGGCCGUCUGAUGAUCGUAUCAGAACAAACGAAUCGAAGCUACGAGCUUUUUUCAUCCCAGAGGCGAUUAUCGACGAGGAGCAGAAUAUCCUUGCCUUUGUGCGAAGACACUGGCCUUAGCUGUCAAGUGCAGCUAUGCUGCUCACACUAAUGAAGGGCGGUGCGUGCAACGGUGUUACUCGAAAAGUGUGGAGCCAUCUGCCCUAGCCUGACAUCGUCGUCGGGAUGUUUUAGUACCGAAAUCGAGGUACCGGGCAAUGAGCAUCAUGUCGGUGCCUGGAUACUCUUACAGCUGGUAGUACCGUAUUGAUACUGGCUUUCUACCAGUGGGACUCAGACCUUUAUUAUACCUUCUACGCUUCCUACCCUAGACUUGUACAUGCACAAACGCACACGCGUAGCGUAUGCGCAUGUGUUUUGUCAACUAUUGUCUACACAUCAUGAGAUUCUUGGGAUUUGUAUCAUUUCCCACUUCGCCUACUGUGCUGCUGUCUUCUGUGCUGCCAUUGCCAUUCCAUCGAUUAUCCCUUUCAUCCAUGUCUGUUGCCACCUGGUUUAUGGUGGUAUUGGUAACAGCAGCCAUAGAUACACCUACUAGUACCGUUCCACCUGCUCAAGAAAACAAAUCUCUACAUGUGGUAACACAGUUUCCUUCGGGGGACAGUCAACGAUAUGGAUUUUAUCCUUUAGAUCCAAAUACAACGAGAGAAGGUGCCCUCCGAUUUAAUCACCUCACUAUAGAUCCUGCUACAGGACGAUUGUAUGCAGGUGCCAUUAACAGACUUUUACAGUUAGAUUCUAAUCUCAGACUGGAAGGAUAUGUUAUUACAGGACCAAGAGCGGAUAAUCCUCAGUGUCACGCGACAGGCUGCCCCUCUAGAGACAUAACGACGUCUCUGAUGGACAAUGUGAACAAACUAUUAAUCGCUGAUCUUGAAUCGCAAACAUUGAUCGUUUGUGGUUCCCUUCUUCAAGGUGCUUGCGAAAAGUACAAAAUGUCGAACAUAUCCAUCAAGCCAGAGUUCAUUCCCUACAGCGUAGCGGCUAACGACGAAACUUCGUCCACUUAUGCGUUUAUCGGUCCUGAAAAGUACAACGCGUGGGGAAAAACGAAUAUUUUGUACGUUGGCACCACGUUUACCAACAGGGGAGAAUAUAGGCACGACGUGCCAGCCAUUUCAAGCAGAAAUCUUCACAAUUUAAAGUUCGCUGAAUAUACAUUCAACAAACAGCCGAUCGUGUAUAUCGAUGUCAAGUAUCGAGAUCACUUUUUGGUCAAAUACGUGUACGGUUUUAACGCGAGCGAUUAUGCAUAUUUUGUAUUGGUACAAAAACAAUCUUAUCUUCCCGAACAAGAGGAGCUGGGCUACACGUCGAGAUUGGCGAGAAGUUGUAUAAGCGAUCCAAAUUACGACAGUUACACAGAAGUGACGCUGCAAUGUACCAUCGACCUGGGAGACGGGAAGCAACAUUUUUAUAAUUUAGUGCAAGAUGCAAAAGUGGCGCCGGCCGGAAGCGAUAUAGCGAUGCAACUCGGCAUUUCCGUCGGUGAUCCCAUCUUCGUCUCGGUAUUUUCGCCGAGUAGAGGUAUCACGAACGAACCGUUAACUCGCUCGGCAGUUUGCGUAUACAGUUUACAAGAAAUCGAGACGAAGUUCAACGAAAAUAUUCAUAUGUGUUUCAACGGUAGCACCAAAUAUAGAAACAUGGGCUAUGUCAGUGGUCCUAUACAAGACGGAAAGUGUCCUACAGCAGGAACAACAGGCAAUAUUUUAAACUUCUGCGAGGUGGGCUUAAAGAUCUCUGGAAUGUCGCCGAUCGUUGGACAAGCGAUUCUACAUUUUCCCGACGAAUUCGUUACCUCUGUAACAAUAGCCAAUACCGAGAGCCAUACCGUAGCAUUCCUGGGAACUAACGAUGGAGUUCUGAAGAAAGUUUUACUUUCCGGAACCGAAGCAUUCGUCUACGAAAGCAUUGUAAUCGACGAAGGGAACAGAUUAAUGCCCGACAGUUUAAUUUCACCAGACGGAGAGCACAUUUACGUUCUAUCGAGUUCUAAAAUUUCAAAAGUUCAAGUCGAGCAUUGUAGCAGCUAUACUAAUUGUAGCAGCUGUCUCGACGCGAAAGAUCCUUAUUGCGGAUGGUGUUCCUUGGAAAAAAGAUGUACAGUUAGAGGGGAUUGUCAAAAAGCGAGUCACAGCAGUCCAAGAUGGCUGUCUCUAGGCACAGGGCAGCAAUGCAUUGAUUUUGAGCAAGUUCUACCGGACCGUAUGCCUAUCAAUCAAAUGACUACGGUUCAAUUGACCAUCAGAACUCUUCCCGAAUUACCAGCAGGCGCUAAUUACAAAUGCGUUUUCGGGAACGCGGAACCCAUAGACGCUUUAAUGACCGGUUUUGGAUUGUCGUGUCCUACGCCACCCGUCACGGAGAGAUCCAGUAUACCGGAAGGAGCCGACCAUGUUUUAGUGCCGCUGUCCGUACGGUCCAGCGAAACGAACAAAGACUUUGUUUCGCGAAACUUUGCGUUUUACGACUGCUCCAGGCAUACUGUGUGCACAGAGUGUGUAAAAUCUCAGUGGGCAUGCAGCUGGUGCGUGUACGACAACAAAUGUACGCACAAUACAAGUUGCCAGGGUAUAAUAUCCGGGGAAAAUAAUCAAGCGAGCCUCGCCGCACACGGAGCACAGUAUUGCCCGAGGUUCGUCCAACGCAGCGAACCGUUGAUGUUACCCAACAGCGUACCUAAAGAGAUAGUGCUGGAGGUUGAGAAUCUACCGCAUCCGCAAGUGGGACACAGUGGUUUCCAAUGCAUUGUGACCAUCGAGGGCGCGAACCUGAAAGUACAAGCACGCGUCGACAGCAGCCGUCUGAUAGUUUGCGACAAAACGGUCUACUCGUACGAGGCGGUCACCGGCGAAUACGAGGCGGAGGUGACGGUCGUCUGGAACAUCAAUCACCACGUCGACAAGACCACUAUAAUUCUCUACAAGUGUGAAGUGUUAGGUUCCCAUCGCGAGCAUGCAGAUUGUUCGCUUUGUGUGACGAGGGACGCGCGUUUCGAAUGUACUUGGUGUGGCAACAGUUGCGUGUAUCGACAUUCCUGCUUGCACUCGCCGUUCACCGAAUGCCCGAAGCCAAGGAUAGACAUGAUAAAACCUCUCAGCGGACCGAUCGAGGGUGGAACGCUGGUGACCAUCGAAGGCAGUAAUCUCGGAUUGAAAGAAAGCGACGUGGCGGGCAAAAUACACAUUGGCAACACUCCGUGCACUCUAGUCAAAUACGAAGUGUCCGUGCGCAUUGUUUGCCGCACCGGACGACACGAGGCCACUGAUACGGCUUCCGUCGUGGUCGGCAACGACGCCGGAUACACCGAAAGCGCGGUGCUGUUCAAUUACAAAGACAUACGGCUAUCCGGUGUCUAUCCAUCGGUCGGGCCGCAGAGCGGGGGCACGCAGCUCGCCAUCACCGGCAUGUUCUUGAAUAUCGGCAGCGUUAUUUCGGCUUAUUUGGACGAGCUGCAGUGCCACGUGAACGUGACGCAAGCGAGCAGCACCAGACUGACCUGCGUUACCAGUAAAUCGGACCGCGUGAGGAGAAUCGAAAGACUGACGCUCAGCAUUGACGGCGCGAAUCGCACGCUGGUUGGCAAUCCGUACAAUUACACCAACGAUCCCACUAUCAUGGAAAUCAAACCAUUGACGAGCUUCGCCUCCGGUGGUCGUAUGAUCACUGUCCACGGUACCAACUUGGACACCAUUCAGAAACCCGAGAUGGAGGUGUACUUGGACAACGAACUGCUGCCGAUAAACCGAACCAUCUGCACGGUGUUGAAUCCCACGCAAAUGGAAUGCCCGAGCCCGAGCGUCGCCAAACGAUUCAUGACACUGCGGCGAAACGAACGCGCGGCGGUGAACGGGCAGAGUACGCCGGCGCAGUCGUUGAAACUGAAGGACUCUCAGUUGUCUUUGAAAAUAGCGUUCAUCAUGGACAACGUGGAGAGCGUGAGAGACUUGGAGAAAUACUUUCAGAGCCUCAGGAAUCGUUUGCUGUAUGUAGACGAUCCCAAGUUCCUCGCGUUCCCGCGUAACAUAAAAUUGUACAAAGGAGACACGUUGGUCAUCGAGGGUGAGAAUCUAAUUUACGCCAGCGACGAGUCCGACGUGAACGUCACGGUGGGUACGUUGCCCUGCAACGUGACGUCCCUCGCUUCGACCCAAUUGGUAUGCAUACCGCCCGACCAACAGCCCGCCGACACGGACGAGCUUGGUAUCAAAACCGAGAACGGAUUGCCGCUGGUCGUGGUGCGGGUGGGUAGGAGUCUACGGUUUCCCAUCGGCUACCUUCGUUACGAGGUGAUCAAAUCGUACCCGAUUCCGCCGGAAGCGAUCGCCGGGAUCGCGGCCGGCACGUUCGGUCUCGUGUUUCUGUUCGUUCUGGUACUGAUAAUUUAUAGAAGAAAGAGCACGCAGGCGGAGAGGGAGUACAAACGAAUCCAAAUACAGAUGGAUACGCUCGAGAGCAACGUGAGGAUGGAAUGUAAACAGGCGUUCGCCGAGUUACAAACGGACAUGACCGACUUGACGGCGGAUUUGGAAUCGUCCGGUAUUCCGACCCUCGAUCACAAGAACUACAUUAUGAAAGUAUUUUUUCCUGGCGUCACGCAUCAUCCGAUAUUGAACGAUCCCAGAUCGCGCAGUAACAUCUCCCGAACGAAUUACGACGCCGCUAUGAUACAGUUCGAGCAGCUGAUCAACAACAAGUGCUUCGUUUUAACGUUCAUCGAGACCCUGGAGGCUCAGAAAGAUUUUAAUAUUAGAGACAAAGUAAACGUCGCCUCUCUGCUGAUGGUAGUUUUAAUGGGUAAAAUGGAGUACGCGACCGACAUACUUAUGAAUCUUUUACUCAGAUUAAUCGAGAAGGCGGUGAACACGAAACACCCCCAGUUGAUGCUGAGGAGGACGGAAUCCGUGGUGGAGAAGAUGCUAACGAAUUGGAUGGCGCUUUGUAUGUACAAUUAUCUGAAAGACUAUGCCGGUUCCUCUCUAUUUUUACUGUUCAAGGCCAUAAAACACCAGAUAGAGAAGGGUCCCGUAGACGUGAUCUCGCACGACGCGAGAUACUCUCUGUCCGAGGAAAGGCUGCUCCGGGAACAGAUCGAGCACAACGUCGUCACGUUGCACGUUGUCCAAGAUGAUCUCGACGAGAAGAUACAGUGCAAAGUUUUAGAUUGUGAUACGAUAAAUCAGGUGAAAUCCAAGAUCCUCGACUCCCUCUACAAGAACACUCCGUUUUCGCUGAGACCGUCCGUGCACGACGUAGAUUUGGAAUGGAGACACGGCAGGGGCGGCCAUUUGACGCUACAGGACGAGGAUCUGACGACAAAAUGCAACGGGGAAUGGAAGAAGAUAAACACGUUGGCUCAUUACGGCGUGAAAGAGUCGGCGGUGAUGUCGUUGAUCCCCAGACAGAACGAUGGAUUUUCCGUCGCGUGUAAACCGCCGUGUCACAAUUGCAAACCGUCGCAUUACCAUCACCAACAACAACCGAUCCAUCAUCAUUCGCACCACCACCACCUCCAUCGACACGCGAAUCACUGUUCGUCCACGCAUCUUCCAUCCACGCCCAAUCACAAUUUAAUCAGUCCUGUAAUGUACAAUCAUCCCGUUAGCGGUUUGUAUUUCGAGUCCCAACACUCGCCGCCGAUCAUAACGGCGAACGGCGACGUGGAGAGCGGCCACGGCGGCAAUCAACGAUUAUAUCAUUUAGUGAGGCCUAUAGAAGAGAGCCACUAUCCGCCGGGGAUGGGUUUCACUGGUAGCAAGCAUCAUCAUCCGGAACGAACGCACAAAGCCAUACCCGAGAUAUUUUUAACGAGACUGUUGUCGACCAAGGGCACCGUUCAGAAAUUCGUCGACGACUUCUUGAACACGAUACUAACCGCGAACGAGACAUUGCCGAGCGCUGUAAAAUGGUUGUUCGAUCUCCUCGACGACGCCGCGAAGCAGCACGGAAUCGUCGAUCCCGAAGUGCCGCACGCAUGGAAGUCGAACAGUUUGCCACUUAGAUUUUGGGUGAAUUUUAUUAAGAAUCCAGACUUCAUGUUCGAUAUUAAUAAAUCUACGACGGUCGACUCGAGUCUCUCCGUCAUAGCGCAAACGUUCAUGGACUCUUGUUCGAUGACCGAGCACAGGCUAGGAAAAGAUUCGCCCUCUAAUAAAUUGCUCUUCGCUAAGGACAUACCGCAUUAUCGAGAGAAAGUGGGUCGUUUUUACACAGAUGUACAGAGAUUGCCACAAAUUACCGAUCAAGAAAUGUCUAGUGCCAUGCAACAAUUGAGUGCGUCGCACGCGAACGAGUUCGACGUGAUCGCGGCACUGAAGGAACUCUACAUCUACGUCAGCAAGUAUUAUGAACAAAUUCUUGAGGCCUUGGAGACAGACGCUGGCUGUCGCAAAUUACACCUAGCCCACAGGCUAGAAAAUGUGGCGUGCACGCUCGAGGGAGAAGAAACCAGUGCCUGCUGACACAACCUCCUCAUUGCCAUCCCAGGACCCGUCAAUCUCUCCAGAAACACUGACUAGUGCCUCCACUUCAUGCAUCAGAUACACCUCGUUACAUAUGUACAAAUCUACGCACCAUGUGAAUAACAAUGCCGUAAAUACGUGCGAUUUCGUUAAGGCUAGUCAGGCGAUAGUUUUACAGGAUAAAUAGUCCUGGUGUAGUGUUUGCGUCUCUAUGUCAUGGCCGUAUCGAAAUACGCUCGUACACACGUACAGAUAUCAGCGAACGGUGAGUAACGCGACUCUAACCCUUAAACCUAAUCAGUUUUUAUUGAUAUUGUAAGUUUUGUUUAU